UCCGACCCAACGCGCGCACAUUGUUCGCAGACACACAAAACUAUCGCGUUCUCUUGCUUCUCUCUCGAGCCGCUCACUCACCACACCACAGCUCCUGUUCACACUGUUCAUCUUUCUUCAACUUUCCUUCAACGCUACUUCUAAUUGCAGACUCCAGCCCUUUCUUCACUUCCUCAAGUAAUUGAAUCCAUACGGUGGCUGCCCUACUUAAUCAGCAUAUCUGACUGGUGGCGGCACUAAGGUUUCUGAGUAACCAUGGCCGAUUUCCAGACCUCGACUCAACGAGCCAAAUGGAUCUUGUCUCCUCAGGAGCUGGGUUGCAGGUACAAAGCUGCUAACCAGAGAGCAAUUGAAGCUCUGGAGAAGUGUAGUUUGGUGCAUCACUUAUGGAAGUCGAUGCUGACGGAUCAUUGUCGUAUCCAGACCCCCAGAUAAAUUUGAAAGAUCAUGCUGACAAACAUUCUCGCCCCAAAUCAUUAAGUAUUGAAGAAGAGCAAUUUAUGCGAGUAUUUUAUGAAAACAAACUUCAAGAAGUAUGCAACAAUUUUCAUUUUCCUCAUAAAAUCCAGGCAACAGCUCUAAUAUAUUUUAAAAGAUUCUACCUGCAAUGGUCUGUGAUGCAACAUAAUCCAAAAAAUGUGAUGUUAACCUGCAUUUAUGCAGCUUGUAAGAUAGAAGAAAAUCAUGUCUCGGCUGAGGAGCUUGGUAAGGGGAUUUCACAGGAUCAUCAAAUUAUUCUCAAUUACGAGAUGAUAGUUUAUCAGAGUCUGGAAUUUGAUCUUAUUGUUUAUGCACCUUAUCGAUCAGUUGAAGGAUAUGUCAACGAUAUUGAGGAACUCUUUCAUGAGAAUGCUGAAAUGCUUCAAAUGCUGAAGGCAACAGCAUCAUUGGAUGUUGAUAAAAUUAUGUUAACAGAUGCCCCACUUCUCUUCCCCCCUGGGCAGUUGGCAUUGGCUGCAUUGCGCAGAUCAAAUGAAGUUCAUGGAGUUAUUGACUUUAAUAGCUACCUCGACAGUAUCCUCUCUCGCCAGAAUUCCACGCAUACAAUUUCUGAGCUCUAUGAGGGUAUUAAUGCAAUUGAAUCGUUGGUUAAUCGGUAUGCUUUCCCUUCAGAAAAGGAUUUAAAGCACAUCAACCGAAAAUUAAAAUCUUGCUGGGGACUAGGCUCAAACGACGAGAGUAAGAAAAGGGAGAAGAAAUCAAAGCACAAAUCAAAGAGAAGUUCGAAUGAAAUGCAAAAUAGGCCUUUGCACAAUUAGCUGAAGCUCAGCUUUGGCUUUGGGUAAUGAGUUUGGUAUAUGAAGCCAACAUCCUUGAGCCGCGUUCAACAUGAAAAUAUGGAAAAGGAAAACAUCAUAUCAAAGCACAGAUUAAAAAUUUGCCCCCUCUUUGAUACUCAUCUCUGAUUUUAUUCUUUUCUUGAGUCAGCUAUAUUUCUUGGUCAGUAGUGACCAAGAAAUUCCUGCCAUGUAAUGAUAACACCGACAAUUUUGAAUUCCAGACUUAUUCUGUCCUAGAUUUUAUUUCACAUUUUGUUCCGUGGAUGAAAGAGCUUUUUCAUAUCUCCUUCCCUUUGGAAUGCGGGAGGAAAUUUCAUCUUCCUAA